GCCGCCCCGGGGGUUGGAUCCCCGCAGGCGCCGCCGAGAUGGGCCGGAAGGUGACCCUGGCCACCUGCGCGCUCAACCAGUGGGCUCUGGACUUCGAGGGCAACCUGCGGAGGAUCUUGAAGAGCAUUGAAAUCGCCAAAGAGAGAGGAGCAAAGUACAGGCUUGGCCCGGAGCUGGAGAUAUGCGGCUAUGGGUGUUGGGAUCAUUACUACGAGUCGGACACCCUCCUGCACUCCUUUCAAGUGCUCGCGGCCCUACUGGAGUCUCCGGUCACUCAUGAUAUCAUCUGUGACGUGGGCAUGCCCGUCAUGCACCGCAAUGUUCGUUACAACUGCAGGGUGAUCUUCCUCAACAGGAAGAUCCUGCUCAUCCGGCCCAAGAUGGCCUUGGCUAACGAGGGUAACUACCGGGAGCUUCGCUGGUUCACGCCCUGGUCUAGGAGCAGGCAGACAGAGGAGUAUUUUCUCCCGCGGAUGAUCCAGGCUGUAACCCACCAGGACACGGUGCCUUUCGGCGAUGCUGUGCUGGCCACCCUGGACACCUGUCUCGGGAGCGAGAUCUGUGAGGAGCUUUGGACGCCACACAGCCCACACGUGGACAUGGGCUUGGACGGCGUGGAGAUCUUCACCAAUGCCUCUGGCAGCCACCAUGUGCUGCGCAAAGCUCACGCCAGGGUGGACCUGGUCACCACGGCCACCACCAAGAAUGGAGGCAUCUACCUGCUGGCCAACCAGAAGGGCUGUGACGGGGACCGACUCUACUACGACGGCUGUGCCCUGAUCGCCAUCAAUGGCCACGUGUGUGCCCAGGGCACCCAGUUCUCCCUGGAUGAUGUGGAAGUCCUCACGGCCACGCUGGACCUGGAGGAUGUGAGGAGCUACCGGGCAGAGAUUUCAUCCCGGAACCUGGCGGCCAGCAGGGUAAGCCCGUACCCACGGGUGAAGGUGGACUUUGCCCUUUCCUGCCCUGAUGAUCUGCUGGUCCCGCUCUCAGAGCCCAUUGAGUGGCGCUACCACGAUGUGGGCGAGGAGAUCAGCCUGGGACCUGCAUGUUGGCUCUGGGACUUCCUGCGACGGAGUGGACAGGCGGGAUUCUUUCUGCCCCUGAGUGGGGGGCUGGACAGUGCAGCCACGGCCUGUCUCGUCUAUUCCAUGUGCCACCAAGUUUGCGAGGCUGUGCGGAACGGAAACCAGGAUGUGCUGGCUGAUGUCCGUGCCAUCGUGAACCAGACCGGCUACACCCCCCGGGAGCCCCAGGAGCUGUGUGGCCGCCUGCUGACCACCUGCUACAUGGCCAGCGAGAACUCAUCUGGGGAGACACGCUCCCGGGCCGCAGAGCUGGCCCAGCAGAUUGGCAGCCACCACGUGGGUCUCAGCAUCGAGCCUGCUGUAACAGCCAUUGUGGGCAUCUUCAGCCUGGUGACCGGGAAAUGCCCCACCUUCACGGUUUUGGGGGGCAGCCCCCGGGAAAACCUGGCUCUGCAGAAUGUGCAGGCCCGGAUCCGGAUGGUCGUCGCCUACCUCUUUGCCCAGCUGAGCCUCUGGUCGCGGGGCCUGCAGGGCGGCCUGCUCGUACUGGGCUCCGCCAAUGUGGAUGAGAGUCUCCUGGGCUACCUGACCAAAUAUGACUGCUCCAGUGCCGACAUCAACCCCAUCGGUGGCAUCAGCAAGACGGACUUGCACACCUUCGUGCGCUUCUGCACUGAUCGGUUCUCGCUGCCCGCCCUGCACAGGAUCCUGGCUGCCCCCGCCACGGCAGAGCUGGAGCCCUUGGCCAAUGGACAGGUGUCCCAGACAGAUGAGGAGGACAUGGGGAUGACAUACGCGGAGCUGUCGGUCUUCGGGAGGCUCAGGAAGGUCGCCAAGGCAGGUCCCUACAGCAUGUUCUGCAAAGUGCUUAACCUGUGGAGAGACAAGUGCUCACCGCGGCAGGUAGCCGAGAAAGUGAUGCGCUUCUUUGGCAAGUACGCAGCCAACAGGCACAAGAUGACUACGCUCACGCCCGCCUACCACGCCGAGAGCUACAGCCCCGACGACCACCGCUUCGACCUGCGCCCCUUCCUCUACCGUCGCGGCUGGCCCUGGCAGGCCCGCUGCAUAGAGGAGCAGGUGCUCCGGCUUGAGGGGGGUGAACAUCAGGCCUCAGACAGCGUGGACUGAUGUGGAGGCUCAUGUGAGAACCUGUCCCCAGUUCAGACGUCCAGGCCAGGCCUCCUGUCAGCCUCUCUCAGGCUGUGCCUUCUCAAGAUGAGCAGAGGUCCACCCUGCUGCUUUAAAGGAGCCCCAAUAAAGGGCGAGAUUACU